CUGAGCAAGGCCAGGGAUCAAAUCCUCAACCUCAUAGAUACUAGUCAGGUUUGUUACCUCUGAGCCACGAUGGGAACUCCCUGCUUGUGUUUUUGAAUAGCAGCAGAACCUACACUUUAAAAUUUUAUCUAAAAGGAAGGCAUAAACCCUUUCUUUUGAAGACACAGGGGAGUUUGAAACAAAAUGGAAAAGUAGCAAUAGAACACAGGAAGGAAAAAGCCAAAAGCAACAUGAAAAAGAAUCCAUAGAACUUAUUCUUAGGUUUCUCCACUUAGGAGGACAAGGGAAAAGAAGUCUAAUAUGGUCCCAGUAUUCAAAGUUAUGGAACCUUGAGAUGAUGAACCGCUGACACAGUUGGGUAAAGUGGUGAAGAGUGGCCUGUUAAGGGAGUAAAAGAUGAUUUUUUUUUUCUCCCAAGUCUUCUGCACCUAAACUUUCCUCAAGGACUUUUUCAGGAGCUUUUAAAUUUGUAUUAAUGACGUCCAAAGAUAAAAUGCUAAAAAAAAAAAAAAAAUUAAAAUUAAAAAAAAAAAUCCCCAUCUCUAGGUGGAAAAUAGUUUGUAGGUGCUUAAUUUUCAUGUCUUAAAAAAAUCAAAUUCCAGUAAUUUAUAAACUACGUCUCCAGAAAGCAUCCUAAGGAAAGAACACUGGCAUGUGAGUUACGGAAUCAGGAUCUGAAUCACAGUUCUACUAUUAAUCUAUGUGGCAAUGGGGUUGAGUGUAUGGAUAUCAGAUUCCUUAAAUCCUAUAUGUGGGAUGAAUACAUGAUCUUCGAGUUUCCUUCCAGCGCUAAAAUUACAAGUCUCCUUACGCAGUCGUAAAACAUAUCGGUGUAAAUUCAACUUAUUCUACAGCUGCGUUGCAGUCCAGUAUUCGUCAGGUGAGUCAUAUGGUCGGUUCUCCCAGUCCUCAAACCUAGGAAUAAACGCUACCUACAGCUUGUGUUGAGUUUUACAGUUGACAGGAUUUGAAAGACUACAACUGUACAGGCAAGCUCCCAGGCCAGAACGUCUAUAUAAGCAGAUUUCCAAAAUAGGAAUACCAAAUAGUGCUAACUUCUGUCUCUAUCACAACGAAUAAAAGGCCAGCGCUGCAAAGACCAUGUGGGUGUCGCCCCUGCUUCUCGAGAGUCACGCUUUCCCACAUCCCUUUUCUGCAUUCUCAGGCGCAAAGUUCUUUUCUUGCUUAAACCGAGGCAGGCCUAUUUCUACGCUCAGACUGCAGGCAUGGGCUAAGUCCUCAAGAGGUAAUAGACCCCCAACUAGGGGGUCAGAAAGUCAUCAGAGGCGGCAGCAGGGGCGCGCCCGGAGCACGCUGGGAACGCGGGGCGCCGCAGCCCGGCAUGACCCGGAAGAGCUGGCGCGUGGUAACCCCAGCUUCCCUAGCAACCGAGCCAGCAAGAGUACUCCCCAGCCUGUCCCGAAGCCUCCCGGGAUGCCUUUGCAGGUUAACGAUUACACCUGGCAGCAAACGGAGACUGCGGUCUUCAUCUCUGUGCCCCUCCGAGGCGUCAGCGUCAGAGACGCGGACGUGUUCUGCACGGAAAACUAUCUGAAGGUCAACUGUCCUCCAUUUUUAUUUGAGGUGUUUCUCUAUGCUCCCAUAGACGAUGAGAGCAGUAAAGCCAAGAUUGGAAAUGAUACUAUUCUUUUCACCUUACACAAAAAAGAAGCGGCCAUGUGGGAGACCCUUUCUCUGUCAGGUGUUGAUAAAGAAAUGAUGCAGAGAAUAAGGGAGAAAUCUAUCCUACAAGCACAAGAAAAAGCAAAAGAAGCAGUGGAAGCAAAAGUUGCAGCAAGGAGGGAAGAUCAAAAAUACACACUAAACGUCAUGAUGAAGAUUGAAGAAGAAGAGAGGAAAAAAAUAGAAGGUAUGAAAGAAAAUGAACGAAUAAAAGCAACUAAAGAAUUGGAAGCCUGGAAAGAACACCAAAGAAAAGCUGAAGAACAAAGAAGAAUUGAGAUAAAAGAAAAAUUACAUCAACAAGGAAAGCAAAUUGAAGAAGAGAGAAAAAAAUUAAAGCGUAAAAGCCUUACUAGAAAUUCAGCAUCUAGAUAUCUUGACACAAAUGGGAGAAAUUCAGAAAAUAUAUUUUUUGAGAAGUUAAAGGAAGACAGUAUCCCUGCUCCUCGCUCUGUUGGCAAUAUUAAAAUCAACUUUACCCCUCGAGUAUUCCCAACCGCCCUCCGGGAAUCACAAGUAGCGGAAGAAGAGGAGUGGCUACACAAACAAGCAGAGGCACGAAGGGCAAUGAAUACUGAAAUUCCUGAGUUUAGUGAUUUAAAAGAAGAGGAAAAGAACCCAGAAUGGUUGAAGGACAAAGGAAACAAGUUGUUUGCAACAGAAAACUAUUUGGCAGCUAUUAAUGCAUACAACUUAGCCAUAAGACUAAAUAAUAAGAUUCCACUGUUGUAUUUGAAUCGGGCUGCUUGCCACCUAAAACUGAAAAACCUACACAAAGCCAUUGAAGAUUCUUCUAAGGCAUUAGAAUUAUUAACACCACCUGUUGCAGACAAUGCUAAUGCAAGAAUGAAGGCACAUGUACGACGUGGAACAGCAUUCUGUCAACUAGAAUUGUAUGUAGAAGGCCUACAGGAUUAUGAAGCUGCCCUUAAGAUUGAUCCAUCCAACAAAAUUAUACAAAAUGAUGCUGAGAAGAUUCGGAAUAUAAUUCAAGGAACAGAAUUAAAAUCUUAAUAACUACAAGAAGCACUGUACUAGGUAUUGUUCCGGUUUUACCAAAUAACUGGAGGCAUUAGGAAUCUGUGCGAAUUAUGGUUGAUUGUGUGGAAUCACUUUCUCUUUAGUUCUGUAGAGGGCAAAAUAUUAUAAUCUGUAGAAAAGAAAAUGUUUGAUUUGAGUAGCUUCUGAAUUAGUAAAUCAAAGUAAGAAUAAUCUAUUUCACUUCUUUACUUCAUACUGCUACAUAAUUUAAGUAUACAUUUUUUGUUACUGAAUUCAGCUUGCCCAUAUAGCUAACAAAAAUUUCUUGGUGUGAUUACCAGGACACUAACUGAUUCAUUUGUACGAGGUAUACAUAGAAAAUAAAAAAUUGUGGAAUUCUCUUGUGGCACAUUGGGUCAGGGACCUGGAGUUGUCACUGCGGCAGCUUGGGUAGCUGCUGUGGCACAGGUUUGAUCUCUGGCCCAAGGAACUUCAACAUGCCACAGGCCAAAAAAAUUGUGUUUAUAAAGUAUUUUUGUUUGUAUUAAAUACACUAUUUAAUGGCCAAAGUUGUCUGAUUCUACCAAAGCUGGCCUUCGUAUAAACAAUACUCAUGUUUUCACUUAGUUUCCAAAUGCACAGAACCUUUUUUUUUUUUUUUUUUUAAUACUGUUCCACCACCUAUUGUUUGAGGCUGGAUCAGUUUACCCUAGUAAAACAGCUAUUUGGAAAACCUUAUCUUCAGCUUUAAUUUCAGGCAGUGUUCACCAGAGUUUUGAUCAUAUUUCAUAAAACUAUCUGGUUAUAAUUUUUCUAAUGAGAUUGUUUUCUAGUACCUUCAAGUAUACAAAAAAAAAAAAAAAAACCCCAAAAAAAAACCCAGCAGUGGUGAAAAUAUUAACUUAAGGAUAUUAUGAUACUGGCACUGGAUUGCACCACCAUUUGUGUUGUAUCACUGUGAUGAUUCAAGCAUUAAGCAAAACCAUUAUAGCUUCUCUUUUGCAUAUAAUAGUCAUCAAAUUCUAUGAUUAUAUUUAGAAUAUUUUUAGGAAAAUGAAAAGUUAUAAGAUUAAAUUUUUAUAGUAUUUGGUCAUCUGAUAUCAUUCAAAUGGAUCAUAAUACAGCCGUCUUUUUUCUUUUUAAUGCAGUACUUAUUUGAAUAUGUAAGAGUACCCUAGUUCAGCAACCUUGAAACUUUUAUUUCUAUAAAGCAAAUAACUUUUGAUAACUUCUGUAGCAGUCCUGCCCAGUUAUCAGACCUUCUGAUGAGGCAGUAUUGCAUUUUCUUUCUUCGUUUUUUUUUUUUUUUUUUGGCUGCAUCCAUGGCAUAUGGAAGUUCCUAGGCCAGGGAUCAAAUCCAAAAUGAAACCUUUAAUCCACUGUAGCACCAGGGAACGAACCUGCACAGCAACCCAAGCCACUGCAGUGGGGUUCUUAGCCCAGUGCGCUACACUGGCAACUUCCAAAGUUUUUGAAGAAGGUUGUGGAAGGUAGCCUUAAGUAGUUACUACUUUUGACCAUAUCCUCAGACACUCAUUUUUAUUCAUGAAACACUUUACCUCUUUUGAGCAAUCUUCUAUUGGUUUGUAAGGGACUUUUGUCUUAGGCUGAAGUAGUGACAGAAUUAAAAUAUAUACAGACAUACCCAUUUCCUUUAUGAUGAAACAUGCUUCCCAAAUAAUAGUGUUAUCGUUAAAGCCUAUGAAUAAAAGAUUAUCAAAAG